AUGGCUGUCAGCGUCUUGGCUCUUACCGCAGCUGGAGCCUUUCUGCUUGGCAAGGCAUGGCAACCUCAUCUUGACGAGAAAUGCAUGAGGCACAGCUCAACCUACUCGACCGUAAUGAAGCAGGUCAGUAAUAAGCUACAUGAUGUCAAGUUCAACGGCACUCUCGGGAAGAAUUCGCAGUUUACUGGCCAUUGGGGAGACCCAAACGAAGCCAUGGACCGCGAAUGGAACAGAUGGGGUUUUGGUAAGUUCGUCAAAUACGCCAGUUUUUCUCGUGACGAAUUUGCCGCAAUGGGCAUGGACUUGGAAGGGUCUGCCAGGUUCACUGAAGAGUACGGAGGAGGGUAUAUUGGAUUCCUCGAGAUCAGCCACAAAAUGCAUUGUCUCAAUGUAAUCCGGCAAGCAUAUCACCGAGAGUACUACGAAAGACCAGAAAACAAAAAAUGGGCAACCUGGCUGAACGACAGACCGAUUACCGUAAAAGUGCACAUCAACCACUGCUUUGAAAUGCUUCGGCAGAACAUCAUGUGCAGCGCCGACGUCGGUGUCAUCCCGCACCACUGGGUAAAGGACAUCCCGGAUCCCUUUGCCAACUUCAACACUGUGCAUAAAUGCCGCGACCUCGACAGUGUGGCUAAGUGGAUUGAAGACCAUGAGGUAGCACCUCCACCAGAAAAUGGAUAUCCGAUGCCAGCAGAUUCCAAGGUUUGGGAAAAGGCGCCCUAA